AUGAAUCAGGUCAUUAUUCAAUGGGAUGCGGUAAUAGCUCUUUACAUACUCUUCAACUGGUGUCAUGGAGGAAUUACAAAUAUAAACUGCUCUGGCCACAUCUGGGUAGAACCAGCAACAAUUUUUAAGAUGGGUAUGAAUAUCUCUAUAUAUUGCCAAGCAACAAUUAAGAACUGCCAACCACGGAAAAUUUAUUUUUAUAAAAAUGGCAUCAAGGAAACAUUUCAAAUCAUCAAGACUAAUAAAACAACAGCUCAACUCUGGUAUGAAAACUUUCUGGAACCGCAGGCCUCUAUAUACUGCACUGCUGACUGUCCUGGACGUUUUCAGGAGACACUGAUAUGUGGAAAAGACAUUUCUUCUGGAUAUCCACCAGACGUUCCUGAUGAAGUGACCUGUGUCAUCUAUGAAUAUUCAGGCAACAUGACUUGCACCUGGAAUACUGGGAAGCUCACCUACAUAGACACAAAGUAUGUGGUGCAUGUGAAGAGUUUAGAAACAGAAGAAGAGCAACAAUAUCUCACCUCAAGCUAUGUUAACAUCUCCACUGAUUCGUUACAAGGUGGCAAGAAGUAUUUGGUUUGGGUACAAGCUGCAAAUGCACUAGGUAUGGAGGAAUCAAAACAACUGCAGAUUCACCUGGAUGAUAUAGUGAUACCUUCUGCAUCCAUCAUUUCCAGGGCUGAGAAUAUUAAUACUACAGUGUCUAAGACUGUAAUUCAUUGGAACAGUCAAACAACAAUUGAAAAGGUUUCCUGUGAAAUGAGAUACAAGGCUACAACCAACCAAACUUGGAAUGUUAAAAAAUUUGACACCAAUUUUACAUAUGUGCAACAGUCAGAAUUCUACUUGGAGCCAAACACUAAGUAUAUAUUUCAAGUGAGAUGUCAAGAAACAGGUAAAAGGUACUGGCAGCCCUGGAGUUCACCCUUUUUUCAUAAAACACCUGAAACAGUUUCCCAGGUGGUACCGAAAUCAUUCCAACAUGAUAGUCAGAGUCAGAAUUCUGGGCUUCUAAUUGCUUCCAUCUUUAAAGAACGCCUUACUCCUGACAACGGGCAAGACAUUGGACUUUUGUCAGGAAUGGUCAUCUUUGCUGUUAUGUUGUCAAUUCUUUCUUUAGUUGGGAUAUUUAAUAGAUCGCUCCGAACUGGAAUUAAAAGAAGACUCUUAUUGCUAAUGCCAAAAUGGCUUCAUGAAGAUAUUCCUAAUAUGGAAAACAGUAAUGUUGCAAAAAUGCUACAGGAAAAAAGUGAAUUUAUGAAUAAUAAUUCCAGUGAUCAGGUCCUAUAUGUUGAUCCUGUGAUUACAGAGAUAGAAAUCUUUCUCCCAGAACACAACAAGCCCACGGAGUACAAGAAGGAAAGGAAUACGGAAUCCCUGGACACAAAAGACUACCUGGAAAAAUCACUGUUCGCCAAUACUACAGUUGUAUAUCUUCCUGAUCUCAACACUGGAUAUAAACCCCAGAUUUCAAAUUUUCUCCGUGGGGAAAACAAUCUCUGCAGUAAUGAUGAAAUGGAUUCCUCAACUCUUAAACCAACAGUUGAUUCCUUCGACCUGGGGAGGAAUCCAAGGUUAAGAAAAUGUCCUAAUUUUGCUUUUUCUGUCUCAAGUAUGAAUUCACUAAGCAACACACUUUUUCUUGAAGGAUUAAGCCUCAUUUUAAAUCCAGAUGAAUGCAGUCCUCCUGACAUACAAAACUCAAUAGAGGGAGAAACCACCAUGCUUUUGGAAAAGGAUUCACCCGAUGAAACUGUAACAGAACAGACUCUGCUGCCCGAUGAAUUCGUCUCCUGUUUGGGGCUCAUGAAUGAGGAGUUGCCAUCUAUUAAUUCUUAUUUUCCACAAAAUAUUUUGGAAAGCCACUUCAGUAGGAUUUCCAUCUUGAAAAAGUAG